CACCGUCACAUCCCGGGCGCCGCCGGUGCUACGCGUAGUUCCUGUUGGGACUGGACCGGACGCUCCGGCUGUGCAGUGUUCGACUCCCUUCGGCAGGAUGUCAGCCAGUAUCCCUGGAAGCUCAAAUGUGGCUGCUGGCAGCAAUCGUCGUCUUCAGCAGACUCAACACCAAGUAGAUGAGGUGGUUGACAUCAUGAGAGUGAAUGUGGACAAGGUAUUGGAGCGAGAUCAGAAGCUGUCAGAGCUGGAUGACCGUGCUGAUGCACUGCAAGCAGGAGCUUCCCAGUUUGAGACCAGUGCAGCCAAGCUGAAAAGGAAGUACUGGUGGAAGAACUGUAAGAUGUGGGCAAUAUUGAUAGCUGUUGUUGUCAUUAUCAUCAUCAUCAUCAUUGUUUGGAGUAUGUCUUAAUGAGUCGCAGGAGGAAAGAUAAACUGAAGGUGCCUAUCCCCAACCUCUCCACUUCAAACCUGCUGCAAUUUCAGCGUGUUUACUACAGUUUAAAGCAAAACUACUUCAACUACUUACCUGUUAACUAACUUUACUUGGUUGCCUUAAGACACUCCUGUCGUUAAUUACUAACAAGCACAGAACCACUUCACAGUGCCUUGACCAAUGGGGCACGGAGCUGGUGAGGAGGAUUCGGCUCGGGAGUUUUCAUGCUCGGUGCUGUAACGGGUCACGGGCUCUGUACGCGGUUUGGGGGCUUGCCCCUCCUCGUCUGCCUGCACCUGCUCGGUUCCGUUGUGCGGCCGCUUCCGCCCCGGUCUGUGCCGGGAGGCCGUAGGAAGCCCC